AUGAUCAAAGCCGGUCCCAUACACAUCAAUGAGUACGUAUUGGUAUACGGUAUUCUUGUGGGUAUACUAUUGAUAUGUGCCCCUUUUAACAGGUACAAUGCUACCAUAGCUUCGUCUCCAGUCAUUCACUUUUUGUCGAAGAUUUUCGUCAACUGGGGUUACACUUGGUGUGCGAUCUUAAUGGCGGCACUCGUUGGACUUAGUACACGCUUAUGGUUAUCAUUUGCCGUCAAUGGAAUUAUUGGAUUUUGUACAAACUGGUGGUUUUUUGGUCCCCCUAUCUUCGAUCGAAUCAAUUCGGCUACAGGUGGCUAUUGCGAUGGCGACUCGCUGAUCAAGGACACGUUUCGGUGUGCCCAAAGCGGAAACGUUUGGCUGAAUGGAUUGGAUAUUUCGAGCCAUUGCUACCUUUUGGGACAGUAUGUGAUUCUCAUAUGCUUUGCCUUGGUCAACCUCAGGAUAUAUCCAAUUAGCGAUUCCGAGUCGGCUACGUACAACCCCCUUCCACGCAAUGGACAACAGAUUUUGAGAGCGUUGGGAUGGGUCUUAGGGACAAUGUUUUUGGCGGAAUACAUCAUAACUUGUGUGUUUUUUCAUACAUUUGCGGAACGCGUAUUGGGACUUUUUUUCGGAGUUUUAGCGAUUCAAGCGAUAACGUUAACCACGCCGAAGUGA